AUGACAGUUCCAGUUCCCCACCCUUACUAUCCCUUGGACGCAGAGAUCCCCAACUAUGUCCCUAGGGAAUUGAGUACCCCGGUGAUACUUGCGACGUUCUCCGCUGCUUCCCUAUUCGCUCUUACAACCGCCAAAAUCAUCGCGACUACUGUGAACCCCAGAAUUAAAACUUCGGAGCUCUUAACGGUUCUCUGGUUUGCACUAUGUGGUUGUAUCCACCUCGUCCUCGAAGGCUACUAUGCCCUUAACUGGUCCACGCUCCCGGGCUCCCAACACCUCCUCGCGCAACUCUGGAAAGAAUAUUCCUUGUCCGAUUCGCGUUACCUUACGUCCGAUGCCUUUAUGAUGAUCAUGGAGUCGAUGACCGCAUGGGCUUGGGGACCGUUGUCCUUCCUGAUCGCCGCCCUUAUCGUGACCGAGAACCCCUUCCGUCACCCGUUGCAGAUCAUUGUCUCUACUGGACAGCUUUACGGGAAUAUACUGUACUAUGGGAUUUGUGCGUUCGACUUUCUGGUACAUGGAGUUGAGUACUCGAGGCCAGAGAACUACUACUUCUAUGGAUAUUUUGUGUUUUUGAAUUCGUUUUGGAUUGUUAUUCCUAUUGUUCUUAUCGCAAGCAGUGUGAAGGCCUGCGCGGGAGCUUUUGCGGAUGCCAAGAGGAUGAGGACUGUCGGGACGAAUGGAAGUUCUAAGAAAAGAUCUUAA